AUGACGACUUCCCAGCACCGGAACCACUCCGUCGCGGAAGAACCGGUGACAUCUGUUCUUCCAGAUGGCGACAUACCUUACGAUCCCACGCAUUCUCUCAAUCCGGAUGAAGAAGUUCUAGCGGCUCUUGGAUACAAAUCGGAGUUCAAGAGAGAGUUUUCGCUAUUCACCACGUUCUGUGUCAGUUUUGCGGUUCUGGGUCUACUGCCUAGUUUCGCGUCUACGCUUUACUAUGGCAUGGGCUAUGCGGGAACCGCCGGAAUGACUUGGGGCUGGAUCGUGGCCAUGGUCGGUAUUCAAUGUGUGGCUAUGAGCAUGGCAGAGCUGUGUAGUAGCAUGCCUACGAGCGGAGGUCUAUACUAUGCUUCUGCUGUCUUAGCACCACCCGGCUGGGGACCUUUUGCUGCGUGGCUUACCGGCUGGAGUAACUGGCUGGCCCAGAUCACGGCGGCACCGUCCGGCAAUAUCAAUGACCCGUCUUACGUCCCCACGGAUUAUCAGACUUUCCUGUUGACGGUCUUCAUCAUGAUUCUUCAUGCGAUCCUUUCCUCUAUGCCGACACGUUGGCUUGCACAGUUCAACUCCGCCGGUUCCACGUUCAACUUCAUUGCGUUGAUUGUGGUCAUCAUAAUGAUCCCAGCUGGUACAGACCGUACAGAGCGCGGUCUACCCCGUUUUGCCCCAUCGAGCGAGGUCUGGGGCACAAUCUAUGAAGGCACAUCCUUCCCAGCUGGUAUAUCAGUCCUGAUGUCCUUUAUCGGCGUCAUCUGGACCAUGUCAGGCUACGACUCACCAUUCCAUCUUGCGGAAGAAUGCUCCAACGCUAACCUGGCUUCUCCGCGCGCCAUUGUUCUGACAUCCGCUACUGGGGGCUUCUUUGGCUGGUUCCUUCAGCUUGUCGUGGCAUAUACUGUCGUUGAUAUCGACCUAGUCCUCGAGUCUGAGCUUGGGCAGCCCUUCGCUGCCUACCUGAUGCAAUGCAUGUCGCAGAAGAUGACGCUGGCCAUCCUUGCGCUCACUAUUAUUGCCGGCUUCAGCAUGGGUCAAGGAUGUAUGAUUGCGGCAAGCAGAGUAACAUUCGCGUACGCGCGUGAUGACUGCUUCCCGUUAUCCAAGUACUGGAAGAGGGUCAACAAGCACACGCAGACACCUGCAAAUGCCGUGUGGUUCAAUUGCGCAAUCGGCAUACUGUGCCUGCUGCUCAUAUUUGGUGGAGAGUUGGCCGUUGGGGCGCUCUUCUCGAUCGGUGCCAUCGCAGCUUUUGUCGCCUUUACCAUACCCAUUGCCAUCCGUGUCUUCUUCGUAGGCAACCGCUUUAGGCCGGGUCCUUGGAACUUGGGCAAGUACUCCAGCGCUAUUGGUAGCGUUGCAUGCAUCUUUGUCUUGCUCAUGAUACCUAUCUUGUGCUUCCCCAGCGUAACCGGACCGGACUUGACCGUAGCAGACAUGAACUGGACAUGUGUCGUUUACGGUGGUCCGAUGUUCUUAGUGACGAUUUGGUGGUUUGUUUCCGCACACAAGUGGUUCAAGGGCCCCAAGGUGAACAUCGAGCACAUGAUGCUUGGACGGGAAGAAGCCGUUCUGAUUGGACAGGGGUCAGUGGGCGAUGGUAAAGAUGGUGAUAACUCGUUGGGUGAUAUGAAAGGUCCGGAGGAGAUCACAAAGUCUUAA